UACUUGCGAUUGCUUGUUACACAGUUAGCAAACGAGGGCAUAUUUUAGGUUACUGUGCUGUAGAAAAAUAACUUAGCAGCAGAAAUUUAAACAGGAAGUCGUUUGUUCGGUAGCUUUAGUAGCCGCACAGGAGUUUUCUUGGGUGUUAAUUUUCUGCGAGGUUAUUUGUGUGAACUAUGCCAUCUUUUCCAGGAAUGGAUCGAUUCUGUGCAUCCGAAAGGUUUGAAUACCUGCAGGGGUUGGUCACAGAGUUUCAGGACACCGAUAGUGAAGAAGCAAAAGAGCAAAUUCUGGCCAACCUGGCCAACUUUGCAUAUGAUCCUCGAAACAUGGAAGCCUUGCGGAUGCUACAGGUGACUGAUCUCUUCCUGGACAUGCUGACAGAGGAAAAUGAGAACUUUGUGGAGUUUGGAAUUGGUGGCCUGUGUAACCUCAGCAUGGACAGGGAAUGUCGUGAUCAGAUUUUGGAGAGUGGAGGGAUUCCAUUAGUUACAGGAUGCCUGUCAAGCCACAGAGACGAGACUGUUCUCUCUGCCAUCACAACCUUAAUGAAUCUCACCACAGGGGCAUCACGCUCCGAAACCACAGAGAGUGCAGUGGUGCAGUGCAUGCUGCGCUUCUCACUUACACAGAAUCCCCGCCUCAGCAACCUGGCUACAGUCUUCCUGCAGGACUACUGCUUAGAGGAACAGGUGGACAGAGCCAGAGACAUAAUGCAAGGACACAGUCAAUCAGUACUCGGAAUUCCACUGCCAAAAGACUAGGACACCUCCAGUUUGUGCAUGUCAGAUCAGAACUGUCCUGCUUUGUGCUGAAUGCUGGGUGGAUUUGUAAAAAAUGAAAGCACGAAUGGCUCUGGUGACAAUUUAUUCAGCAUUACUGUGUCAAGUGAGUUUGCCCAUAUAAAUGACCAUACCAUUCAUUCGACUGGUUUAACAUAAAAACUAAAGUAGAAUAAAGGCUUUUCGGUAAGUUAACCAAAACAAUAAAAUUGUGAGAAGUCAUGUUAUUGACCGAAAUAACAGUAACUUCCCUUAUAGUAUUAAUAGGGAAAAAUCAAGCAAGUUGUGUGCUUUGAAACAUAUGGAGAAUUAUGUGUAAUGCAGCCAUCUAAGCGUAGGCUCUAUCAUCAGGAAAUUGCAAAGUUCAGUCCCUGGUGAUACUACAGCCAUCUGUAACUGGGAGUCCAAGAGAGCACAGUUGGCCUCAUUCUCUUUGUGUGUGUAGGAUGGCCUACUGUUCCCAUCAUUUAGCUAAAGUAACAGAAUUGGGAGUUAGCAUUCUCCUCAAGGUGCAUUCAGCUGUUCAAUAAUGUUGCAUUAGCGGCAUGAUUUCCACAUAAAGAGAGCCAAGAGUAUACUAAGAUUAUAUUAAUAAAUGAAAGGCAUUUAAAUGUGGACCUCAAAUCCAAACUAGGUCUUGGAUUUUAUAUUAAAUGAUAACUAACUGAACAUUAGACCCUGUUGAGCUUAAUCUUAUACAAAAAACCUUUUCAAUGGAAAAUCAAUAUUGAUGUAAAACAUAAAUCCAGAUUAGGCUUAAUCUGUGUCCAGGAAGCUGAUUUAUAACAUAACUGGUUGGUCAUAGUCAUGACAUUUGAUGCCUAGAUAAGAGGGAAAGUGGAACAUCUAUUUAGAUCUGAAGGGCCAUUGUUACCUCUGAUUAAACCAUAUGCGUUAGUGAAAACUGAAGCUAAAUGACUGAAUUUUUGUGUAUGUUCUAAACCAGUGCUGCCCAAAAUGUAACCAAAUUUGGCUUGCUGUUAACCUAGUCCCAGAGCAAAUAUAUUUUUAUUUAUUACAUUUUUUCUUUUUAAAUUGUAUUUGCGAAGUAUUUCAUUAAUAAAACAUAGUGUAAUUAUUGUUAUUAAAUAUUGUUCAUGUUAAUGUGCAUUUUAAAAAACUCAAUUUAAAGCAUACUUGCCUUCUUUAUGUGUGUCUUGUUUUCUAUUUUUGGCCCCGUGUCCCCCACACUUUGGCCCACCAAGACAAAAAAACUGAGCACACUGUUCUAAACCUUUAAAAGUCACCUGAAAUUAAAUCAUGGUGUUUUAAUUUUAGAUCUAUGGGACAGACAAGUGAUCAUGGGCAUGUUCAAUGUUUAGAAAAAAGAUCAAAAUGAAAUAAAAACAUCUGAAUCUC